GACUUGAAUCUUAAAAAGAGAUGAUGCUUGGUCUCUCCAGAUUUGAAUUCCUGGAGGAAUUUAUUGUUAUAACAGGUCUUAUAAUCGUUCAAGCCAUUUAUGGAUUCUAUGCGGUGUUCACAAGUCAUCUCAUGUCCAUUGGAGUCGGUCCUUUCUUCCUCAUCAUCUAUGGAGGCUUUGCCACUUCCAUCCUUCUCCUUCCUUUCUCCAUUUCCUUUGAAAGGCAGAACUGGCCCAAGAAAUUCACUCUUAAGAUAUUAUUUCAAUUGCUGUUGAUUUCCUUUGGUGGGGUAAUGUUCCAAGCUCUGAUGCUCAUGGGGAUUAAGAAGACUUCUCCUGCUGUUGCUUCUGCCAUGCCCAACCUUGCUCCAGGCUUCAUCUUCCUCAUUGCCUGGUCACUCGGGUUAGAGAAAGUGAAUCCCAAAUGCAUUUACAGUAAAGCCAAGAUUGUGGGAACACUUGGUUGCAUCAGUGGGGCCUUAGCCAUGAGUUUCUUUCACGGUUCACAGACUUCACAAGCAGUGGUGAUACCUGCUUCCAUAGAUAAAGACAAGAUCAUUGGUUGCUUGUGUCUAAUUGGGGCAGUUUUUGUUUUAUCCUGUACUAGUGUUUUACAGGCUCAAGUUAUGGUCGAUUUCCCUGCACCCAUGUCCUUAAGUGCUGCAACAGCCUUGAUUGGUGCCAUUCUUACAGGAAUAGUGCAGUUGAUCCAAGAUCAUAAGUUAGAAUUUGAUUGGCCUCUUGUGAAUGUUCGAAUCCUUAUUGGGGCUAUCCUACUGGGAGGGAUUGUGGGUGGAGCCUGCACAAGCUUCUGUACAUGGACAAUGAAAAAAAGGGGACCUGUUUUUGUUUCCAUGUUCAACCCUAUUGGAACUGUGUUCUCUGUCAUCAUCUCUUGGCUCACCAUAGGUGACUCCAUGACCAUAGGAAGCUUAUUUGGAAUGCUACUUAUGUUCACUGGUCUCUAUUUUGUGUUAUGGGCUAAGAAGAAUGAAGAUUACAUCUCCAUGGACAAGGUUAAUGGGACAACAAGAGUUUCUGACCCUGAGAUGCCUCUUUUAAGUUAAUUUUGUCGUUCUUAAAUUUGUUAGUUCAUCAAUUGUUCUGUAUCAUAUUUAGUCUA